CCGACACCAACCUGUGCAAGAGACAUGGGUCUACAAUAACAAGUUUCAUUAUUCUCAGAACGACUUGCCUUGUGCAAUUGUUCCCAUUCUCUCUCAGCCAGGCUUCACAUCAAACACUCCACCUCAAACCCAUCCGCAAUGAGCAGCAAGGAAACAGAGCCGGAGCCAUUGGUCUCCUCGCUGUGGACUAGAUCUCUAAUUUCCGGCGCAAUCGCCGGCCUCACAGUCGACCUCUCUCUGUACCCCCUCGACACGAUCAAAACACGACUCCAAAAAGCCAGACUCCAUGUCCCGUCCUCCCUCCCUUCAUCCGCUGCUUCUCAGCCAUCCCUCCAGCAGACCAUCCGCGGCGUCUAUGCUGGCCUGCCCUCGGUUCUAUUCGGUUCUGCACCCUCAGCGGCAUCCUUCUUCAUUGUCUACGAUGGCGUUAAACGCACGCUUUUAGAAACUUCUUCUUCUUUCGAUCAGACUGGGACGUCAUCCCCAUCACGAGCACGUAUUAUCCUUACGCAUUCCUUGGCUUCUUCAAUGGGUGAGAUUGCCGCGUGCGCUGUUCGGGUUCCUACGGAGGUCGUUAAGCAGCGCGCUCAGGCGGGUUUGUUCGGAGGAUCGAGUUUAGCUGCUUUGAAGGAUAUACUGGCUUUAAGGCAUCGUGAUGGAGGUGUUCCGGCAAGACGUGGAUAUGGGGUUGUCAUCCGUGAGCUCUAUCGGGGUGCGGGGAUUACUAUUGCGCGCGAGAUCCCGUUUACCGUCCUCCAGUUCACGAUGUGGGAGUCUAUGAAGGAGACUUAUGCAAAGCGUUUACGGGGUGUUGUUGGAGAAAACUCACAGGUCUCCGCGGACUCGGCUCAGAUCCCUGCCACGACGAGCGCCAUGUUCGGUAGUGUGGCUGGGGCUAUUGCGGCGGGUUUGACGACUCCCCUAGACGUCAUUAAGACGCGAGUUAUGCUGGCUAGACGGGUUGAUGGGGGCGGAGGGGACUCUGGUAUUCGGGUUCGGGAUGUGGUUAGGGAUAUUGCAAAGGAAGGAUUUGGGGCGUUUUGGAGGGGGGUUGGACCGCGGGUUACGUGGAUUGGGAUUGGAGGGGCUGUGUUUUUGGGGAGUUAUCAGUGGGCGUGGAAUACACUGGAGGGAAGAGGGAGGAAGGAGGAUUGAGAG